AUGGGGAAAAUCGUUAAAGCUGAUAAGAAAAAGUGGAGCGAUGUUGAGGUCGAUGGAAACUUGUUGAAAGACCCUGAAUUUGCGAAUUUAGUUUCUGUUGAGGAAAGUUGCGACGAACCUACGUCAAAAAAAUCUAAGAAAGAUAACGGAAAUAAUGACAUAAAAAAAGGAAGUGGAACCCAAAAAAAUAAAGGUGAUGAAUAUUUCGAUGAUUAUGUCAAUGAAGAAGUUGCUCAACAAAAUUCUAAUGGUCAUGAAGCAGAAAAGAAAAACGGUUCGGGAAACAAUGUAGAGGAUAAAGAAGAAAACAAGAACAAAACUAACAAAGAAACUGAUGCUGAAAACGAAGAUGUUAGUGAUGAGGAACUUGAAGAUGAAGAGCUCGAAGGAGAAGAAUGCGAUAGAGAAUUAGAUGAAGAGAUAGAAGGUGAGGAAGCAUUUGAUGAGGAAGCUGAUGAUGAGGUUGAAGCCGAAGAAGAAGAGACUGAAGAGUAA